GUGUUUGGGAGUGUGAGGAAGGGGGUUAUUGGCUGAGUGGUUACACUGUAUUUUAGAAUGAAGUCAGCGAUUUGUCCCCAACUCUUUACACAGCCCGCGUACAGGUAAGAACGCGUGAUCUCCGCGUUUCAGGGCGGUUCCAGGUGAGAUGAGCCGUGCGCUCUCAUGUCCUCGCUUAUUGCGACUGGGCAUUGACACAAGACGCAGAGAUAAAGUGUUCCUCGUGACAGGAUCAUAAUUCGAGGUGUCGCUAAUGGUCCAGGCGAGAGAGUUAGCCCCGCAUUCAAAUGGCAAAAGAGCCCGACUGUUGAAUCUUAUUUUUUGAGCAUAUCAUUCAUCGGCCCAGCCCCCUUUCCCAGCUGAUGCCCAAUAAGAGAGAGAGACACAGGCUGACACCUGCUUAUAAACAAAGCCCAGGCGCCCGGGACGAGCCACAAUCUCCGAUCAGCAAAAGUAGAAAAAGCAGCGGGCAUCGUGUGUGUGUGUGUGUGUGCGUGUGUGUGUGUGAGCUGGGACUGACGGCCGACAUGACUUCCAGCGAGAUUGAGUUCCCGAGCGAGCUGAAGGCGGACCCGCCGGCUCUCAUCGCUUCCCUUCAUCUGCUGCCGUCUCCCACUUCAAACCUGGAGAUCAAACACACCAAGCUCUUUAUUAACAAUGAAUGGCAUCAUUCAGCAAGUGGAAAGACCUUGUCAACCUACAACCCAUCGACUGGAGAGAAAAUCUGUGAUGUUCAAGAAGCCGACAAGGCUGAUGUGGACAAGGCAGUACAGGCGGCACGACUUGCCUUUUCCCCCGGAUCGGUCUGGAGGAGGAUGGAUGCAUCGGAGAGAGGCCGUUUGAUUGACAAACUGGCAGAUCUGGUGGACCGGGACCGACCUCAGCUCGCUACACUUGAAUCUCUAGAUAGUGGAAAGCCAUUUCUCCAGGCUUAUUAUGUUGACCUACAGGGAGUCAUAAAAACGCUCAGAUACUUUGCUGGUUGGACCGACAAGAUUCAUGGGAAGACAAUUCCAGUCGAUGGAGAUUAUUUCACAUUUACAAGACAUGAGCCCAUAGGGGUGUGUGGGCAGAUCAUCCCUUGGAACUUCCCCCUCCUCAUGUUUGCGUGGAAGAUAGCUCCAGCGUUGUGUUGUGGAAACACAGUGGUCAUCAAACCCGCGGAACAAACGCCACUGACUGCCCUCUACAUGGGAGCUCUCAUCAAAGAGGCCGGGUUUCCACCAGGGGCGGUGAACAUUUUACCUGGAUUUGGCAGCACAGCCGGUGCAGCCAUAGCCUCUCACAUGGACAUCGACAAAAUUGCCUUCACUGGAUCUACUGAGGUUGGGAAACUAAUCCAGGAAGCAGCCGGGAGGAGCAACCUGAAGAGAGUGACGUUGGAGUUGGGAGGAAAGAGCCCAAACAUUAUCUUUGCAGAUGCUGAUUUGGACUAUGCCGUGGAACAGGCUCAUCAGGGAGUGUUCUUCAACCAGGGCCAAUGCUGCACAGCAGGAUCACGGAUCUACGUGGAAGAGCCGAUCUACGAGGAGUUUGUCCAAAAAAGUACAGAACGUGCACAGAGAAGAACAGUAGGAAACCCGUUUGAUCCGGCCACUGAGCAAGGGCCCCAAAUUGACAAACUACAAUGCGAUAAGGUCCUUGAACUUGUGCUGAGUGGCAUCACUGAGGGAGCAAAGCUCGAGUGUGGUGGUAAAUCACUGGGCAAGAAAGGCUUCUUCAUUGAACCGACUGUCUUUUCAAACGUGAUGGAUGAUAUGCGGAUAGCAAAGGAAGAGAUUUUUGGCCCAGUUCAACUCAUUAUCAAGUUUAAAACCAUGGAAGAAGUGGUGGAAAGGGCCAAUAAUUCGCAGUUCGGAUUGGUAGCCGCUGUCUUCACCAAAGAUAUUGAUAAAGCAUUAACAGUUUCUGCGGCUAUGCAGGCUGGGACAGUCUGGAUUAAUUGUUACAAUGCCUUAAAUGUCCAGAGUCCCUUUGGAGGAUUUAAAAUGUCUGGCAAUGGUCGAGAAAUGGGAGAAUAUGGACUAAAGGAAUACACUGAAAUCAAAACUGUGACUGUCAAAAUCCAACAGAAGAAUUCUUAAGAGAGCUUCGAGGCCAGACAUGGCCAUGGACACAGUGAAUCCUCUCAUUUACCAGCAAGACAAACACACACAACAGUGGUUGUGCAGCAUAUGGUUGAAGCUUUAUCUUAUAAAAUGUAAAAAAAUAUAUACUAGUGAAUGUAUAUGUACCACAAAUACUGUGUAUUUGAAGAAAAUACAAUAAUCUCAGCAAAUUCCCCCGAGUGCAUUCAUUACAUGGUUCCCAUUUGAUCAAUUUUAGCCUUGAGUAAUCUGUAGUUGGUGGGGCUUUGCCAGUCCAUGGACCCACACAACACUGGGAGCUGCAGGACAAAUUCUUAUUUCUUUCCAUCGAGUUGGGACUUGCCACGGAGGGUAAACAAUGCCUGUUGAAAAUGAGAGUGUGUCCUCUGAUGCCAGGUGGGUUGCUGGGAGCAGCCAGAGGUAAGUGAGGGUGUGGUCAGGGUGGCAUCCACCACCUUUGCUCUUCUGUAGAAAGUGGGAAAAGCCUAAGCGAAGAGAACCGCUUGAACUUGGGAAGAUCUCCGAGUGGUUCUGUCGGCAGCCCAGACACCAACAUCUAGUGGUGGUUUGCCACAGCCCACUGGCCAUUCCUCACAGACUCUGCCUGCGAUGACAACGUUACAGAGAGCUGGAAGUCUGCUCAACACUAUAGCGAGCUCAGACUGGGAACUCAACUCCUCAACUCAUGAAAGCCAAUUGUUGCUCUUCUCUGGAAAAGACAAGGAGACCGAGAGAAUCCGGAGCCGGGGAAGGGGUGUGUUGCAGGGAGGGAGAUUUAGAAACAUGGAAAAUAGGUGCAGGAGUAGGCCUUUCGGCCAUUCAAGCCAGCAACAUAAUUCAAUAUGAUCAUGGCUGAUCGUCCAGAAUCAGUACCCCGUUCCUGCUCUCUCCCCAUAUCCCUUGAUUGCAUUAGCUCGAAGAGCUACAUCUAACUCCCUCUUGAAAACAUCCAGUUUAGGGUAGAACUGGACCCAGUUGUUGGUCCCAGUUCGAUCGGCAGCCUUGUGUUUAUUUUAAAUGUACUUUUCCAUAAAAGUACUGCUUGCAGCACAGAAACAGGGCGACUCAGCCUCGUUGUUGCAUUGGUGAGCUUAUGUCCCACUUGAGACCUCCUCUGCCGCUGCGCCUCACACGGUGAUCUCAUGCUUGUAUCCCUUGCCAUGCUGUGCUGACUAAAGAUGUCUCUGUCACUGGGCUGAACAACUCACUGUGGUCACAAAUUGUUCAACCUAAAGAACUAAAGGCCGAGUCACCUUUUCAAUUGCCGCAGCAUGUUCAAAUGGCCCUGCCUGCUGAGGUCCCCCUGUUCUGAUAUCACUCUGAGACCGUAUCCUUGCACUGUUGGCCGUCGAUGGUGCAGGCGGGUUCUGAGGUUGGCUCUGGUGGGCGGCUCAGCCACAGAGUAACCGUGUGAAAGGCCGUCGUUCACUGUGUGUAAAGAGGCUCCACCGCUGGCCUGUACUCAAGCUCAGUGUGAGUCUGAGCUAAGACUUCUGCUUCCCACCUCACCCACACCUCCCCCCCUCAGUGUUCGGACAGCAUUUCUCUGUGUCUGAUAGCAGGCAAGCGAUAGUAAAUUGUUGGCUUUCUUUGUAACAUGUCGCACAACGGCAAAGUGGUGGUAAUGGGAGACACGUACUAAUUAUCAGCAGGUUAAAUAAAAUCCCAAUAUUUCCACCCUGCCCAGUAACAGUAAAGUUGAUUUUCCCAAUUCAUCGCACGCAAAAACAUAAGAUGCAAACACUGUUACUUCCAAUGAAGUAUUCUCUCCUUGUGCAACUUUAAACAUUUCUCCUGGCAAACCACCCGACCAUCAUUUAUUUAUGGAGUUUCAAUGAGCAGCCCAUGUGUCGUGUCACCAAACCCCAGGCCGAACCUCACCAAGGCAUUGUCUUUUGUGAACUUAUUCUGAUGGGUACAUUACAAUUCAUCACCUCUUUGCAGUCUUCACCUCUGAACAGCGUUAUAAAGGCAUUGAACCAAACAACACAGAAACCGGCCUCUCAGCUCAGCUCCCCUAUGCCAACCAAGUUGUCCCAUCUAUGCUAGUCCCGCCUGCCUGACCGUAUCCCUCUCAACCUACCCUGUCCAUGUACCCCUUCCUAAAUGUCUUUUGAAUGUUGCUGUAGUGAAAGUAGUGCAUGAUUCUAUACUUUCUCCAAGGACAAGGCCAGCAAGGUUUGUUAAAACCAUGAUUCCGUCACAAACAUGCAACAUUCUCUUUCAUUGUAGUCUGUGAUAUUGUGACGUUGGUGAUUAAACAUUACUCUGCCACGUAGAAUAAAACCCAGGCCUUGGAGGCAUUGGAAAGCUCAACGCCAUUGAAUGAUGCAUCCUAAACAACACACAGUACCCCAGUCACCCAACCCUGUGCCAGAUACCAAGCAUUAAUUGUUCUACUUGGGCCACAACAAUAUAUAUCAACACCCCUUAUAAAUUACUAUGGAAUAGGAACAAUGGCUCUGUGGUUUGUGCUAAAUGUGUAUUCUAAUCCCAACUAUCAUGACUGUACUCUGCCACUGAGAUGGAAUUUCUGUCACUGGGUUGUUGAACAACAAGAGUUAAGUAAUGAGGCAACGUGCAGCACAUAUAGAAAUAAAGCUUCCUAAUCAACGUAGAACCUGAAAUAAGAGCCAAAAAAAAAUCACAUAAUAUAUGAUAUGAAAUGGGACGAUACCAAAGUACUCAGAAACAUGUCUCUGCUUUAAAUAGAUCACUUUUAUUAUUGAUGAUUUAAUCUCAAUGAGUAUAUAACCAUAGGAUAUUGCUCAAUCCUAUAUUUUAUCAAAAAACUUUGGGAAAUAAGAGCAAGGUCCUAUCUUUUAUUGCACCUACUCUGCCAUCGAAUGAAUGUGUUGCCUGAAUUUACACAUUAACUCAUAAUUCCAUGUCUACUGAUUCUGUUGAUGCUCCAAAAUGGACCGCCCCAAGUAUUACAUACCCACAGCCAUCCGGAAUAGACAACUUCUCAUCACAGUCCUAAGUGGGUGAGCUCUUUCCUGAUGCUAUGGCCUUGGUUCUAGACUCUCCAACUUUCACCUUCUACCCGAUCAAACCAUCUGAAAAUCUCAAUGAGGUUACCUUUCACCAUCUCCAGAAAACCCAGCUGUUAAAAAUCCGAUUAAUAUGUCUAUUAAAACAAUGAACGGGGGAAUUUUAUGUAAAUUCAUAUACAUCUAUCUGUUAAUAAAACUGUGAUUUAAAGGAUAGUGUGCUUUUGACAUAUUUUGUUGUUAUGCUAUAAUCGCAAGGAAUGUUAAUCUAAUAUUUUAUUUCAUACCUUUCACUGCGCUCAUAUGAAAGCUGAGCAUUAAUGUUGCCAAGUUUCACCAUUUGUGUCUUUUACUUUCUCUAUUUUAAGUCACCUGUGGUUGAUGUCACAACAGAAGCAAUAAUGUGUAAAUCCGUAAACUUUAUACACUGAUUGAAUGACUGCAACUUUCUUUUUGUUAACUGUAUUGCAGUUUUGAAAUCAUGUAUAUACAAUUAUGUACUAUGAAUAUAUAAAUUUAUUUUCUAUGCUGUUUUUCAUUAAAAAAAAACCCAAGAUACAUUUGGUAUCGGAGUGUUAAAAUUAUGUGAGAGCAAUUCGCCUAAAAAUGUGACAAAGCUUUAGAACAGAUAUCAGUUGAGUUGUACUGGUUGUGACUAAUCCAAUAUAAAAACUCCUCUUACGGGAGAUUGGACUCCAGUGUCUGAUUCAAAUCUCUUUCCCUUUACCUGAGAUGUGUGCAUUAAAGGAAGAGAACAGUUUUGAAUGUGGAGACUAUUGUAGAUAUUAUUCACUUUAUGCUUAUUAAAUAUAGAGUUUGGUGGUUAGAUCUUCCAUCUCUCCUUCCCCCAGAACUAUAAUUCGAUGAAAGUGUAAUGGGUGCACUUAGUUCUGGCAACUGCAUACCGAACACCAAGCACUGAGCCCUUGUCACAUUUAAUCCCCAUGAGCAACUUAUGAUUACAUUUUCAGAUUGGGUCCUUCCCUCCAGCUAAAUAUUAUUAAUAAUUUUUAUUGCAAUGUAUUAAAAUCCAUUAACUGCUCAAUAUCUUAACUUUUAUCAUGCUAGAAGUGAAGUGCAAAUAAUGUAAGCAUAGAAAAGCCUGCAUAAAUAUUUGGUUAUUUGAGUAUACCCAGAAAUAGAACUGAACAUUUUAGCAAUUCAUCCUGCAGCUAAUAAAGGUUUUGUUUUGUUAAGAUAUCUGUGAUCAGUCAUUGUUAUUUUCAAUAAGUUGUGAAAUAGAAAAUGUUUGCAUGCCUGUUUGGAUAGCAGAUGUAAUGAGAUCAGAACGAUAAUAAUUUACCUGUGUGGUUUGUUAAGAAAAGGCCUGUUGAUCCUAUUACAGUAAUCGUGAAUAGAAAAGUUAUUACAGUUCAUCUUAAUCCAGAGAGAUUAUUAAACUCCCUGAUGCUACAUCCAAAUGUCUCCUAAGUACUCCCAGAGCUUCCACUUCCACCAUACUUUGUGGAUGCUUAUAUCACAUAAUUCAUCCUGUGUAAAGAAUCAAAAGCCUGUUCCUCUUUGACACCUGUAUACCCUGCUGUUCCCUUCAAUUUAAAAUAACUUGAGUUGACUUUAUCUCAGCGAUCUAACACACUCUAUAGAAACACACAUCUAAAAUCUGUGUUGUAAAAGAUUAUCCUCUGUUCUAAGGUCAUACGAUCAUAAGUGACAGGAGCGUAAUUAGACCAUUCGGCCCAUCGAGUCUGCUCCGCCAUUCAAUCAUGGCUGAUCUAUCUCUUCCUCCUAACCCCAU